AUGAAUCCAGGCCCAGCAUACAAACGGCGCCGUCCCGCCGUAGCAUGCACCGAAUGCCGCAGACGAAAGAUUCGCUGCGACCGUCACUCUCCCUGCGGACCCUGUAGCAAAUCAAUGCCGAGCCUGCGAUGCGUGUACAACAACCAGCCAACAGGUCGUAUUCCCGAGAGCUAUCUGGAUCCCGGGAUGCAACAGCAGCACGACUCGUUGGCUCUGAGCGGUCACGCGCAUAGAGUACCUUUUGAGCAGUCGAUCUUUGGACAGCAGCCUUUUGAUGAGGUGCAGGAUAUGGACUUUUCUAACGUGGAUGUUGCGCCCAUGACUGAUGUGUCGCUGGGUUCAUUGAUAUGGACUUUUUUGGGAUGA